GUGCGGCUCUGUCCCCAGGGCCGGCUUCGCGCGCCAGGGCGCCAAGGAGAAGCAGCUGCUCAAGGAAGGCAACGCCUUCAACGUCUCCUCCUUCGUGCUGCGCGCCAUGAUGAGCGGCCAGUACUGGCCGGAGGGCGACGAGGUCUAUCACGCCGAGCUCGCCGUGCCCGUGCUCCUGGUGCACGGCAUGCACGACAAGUUCGUCCCCGUGGAGGAGGACCAGCGCAUGGCCGAGAUCCUGCUCAUCGCCUUCCUGAAGGUGAUCGACGAGGGCAGCCACAUGGUGAUGAUGGAGUGUCCCGAGACGGUGAACACGCUGCUCCACGAGUUCGUCCUGUGGGAGCCCGAGACGCCAGCCGCCGACGGGCAGGGGGAGAAGAAAUAAGGCAGCGGGGAGCGGUGACCGGGCUGCUGCGAUGGGAGGGACGUUGCGGAGCGCAGAGGGGUUUGC